CUUGAAUUUCCACCUCUGGCUUUAGGUGACGGCGAAACAUUUGUCCGGACACCAGAGGUUCGGUAUGGUAGGGACGUUGACGCCUACAAUAUGGAAUAAUAGACACCAAAAAUGUGCUGCUCCGAUUUUCUCAGAGUCAUCAUGGUCGCCUUCAAUGGCAUCAUUUUCGUGGCAGGGGCCGCCAUCUUGGGCGUGGGAAUCUGGGUGAAGGUGGACAGCGGUUCCCUGCUGAAGAUCCUAGAGCAGGUAGAAAAUACGCCAGCGGAGCUCAACCAGAUCUUUUAUGUGGGCUACCUGCUGAUCGCGGUGGGGAGCGUGCUGGUGCUCCUCGGGUUCCUGGGCUGCUGUGGGGCCAUCAGGAAGAGCCCGUGCAUGCUGCUGACGUUCUUCAUCAUCGUGCUCUUGGUCUUCAUAGCUGAAGUGUCCGGGGCGAUCGUCAUCCUGGUUUUCAAACCUCUGGUUGAUACACUAAUCGAAAAAAUAGGCCAUGAAGCGGUCCAAAGGAUCAAGGUGGAUUAUGGGAAAAAUCCGAACUUUACCGAAGUUUGGAAUGCUACCAUGGAUGGGCUGCACUGCUGUGGAUUUUAUAACUACACAGAUUUCACAGACUCUCCUUUUUACAAGAAUAAUGGACACUCCUACCCUCGGAUGUGCUGUGACAAGAGUCCCUGUAACCUGCAAACCGCCGACACCUCGAAUGUGAGUGGCUGCUAUUUUGAGCUGGUGAAUUUAAUAGAGAAUAAUGCAGUUAUCCUGGGAGCAGUGGCCCUGGGAAUUGCUGCGCUGGAGAUUGCUGCAAUGGCGGUCUCCAUGCAACUGUACCGGAAGAGUUCGCAAGAACACUGAGACAACGGAGCAGAACAGAACAGUCUUUGUCUAUCUACCCGUCUGUGUCUUUGUACCCUCGAAGCAUAUUUUCAUAUUUUACACCCACAGAAUUACAAUAUAUUGUGCAAAAUUACACUUUGAUAUACAGCCAUUUUACGUUGUUUUAAUCUGAAAACAUACGCUUGCUAAUUGUAAGAGCAAAUAUUACAUUAUUUAAGAGUUCAAAUGUAUUUUUUAUGUAUAAAGUUUUUAAUUUAGAUUUUCAUGUCAACAGGAAAAUACUGUGUGGUAUUUAGCAUUCAGUGAAAUUAGACUGAAAUAUUAAAAUGCAUGUCACAGAA